UAACAUUUUUUGUUUGCAAUUGUUAUUUUCAAUUCUCUUAUUAUAGUAUAUUGAAAUUUACUAUGAUUGAUUUUUUAAGGCUGUUAAUCGGAAUAAAACUUGACUAAAUAUUCUUUUUUUUUUCUUGUUCUACUAGUGUUCUUGUUUUUUAGUGUUCUGUACUUAUUUUUUGUAAUAUUUCAUAUCAUUAAAAUAUUUAAUGCACAAUUUUAUGUAAUGUAUAUAAUUUUUCUAAUUUUUUGGGAGGUUAAAUUAUUGGGGAACUAAGGCCUCCUAGCCUUCCACCUUUCGUCAAUGAUGUUAUAUCUUUAUUGUUACGACUAUUUUAUUUGGAUGAAAUAUGGGCGUCAUAAAAAUAUUUUUGGUAGUACUGAAUUUAAUAUUUUGAUGUAACUAUUUAUACAAUUUUCUAAAUUUUUGGGGAUGAAAAUAUAAAACUGUUGCCGCUGAAGACCGGUAGUUGUGCUACUGACUUUUUUUUCAUUGUGUGGCUUAUGCUAUUAAUUUCAAUUUUUUUUCCAGAUGUCAUUCACAUUUUAUGUCUAUGCAAAUGAAAAAAUUCUUCCUAAUAGCGUGGAAGGAAAUCCUCCACUUGUUGUGAGGGGAAGCAAUGAAACAGGACGUGGUGGAAGUAAUGAAACAGGACGUGGUGGAAGAGGACGUGGUGGAAGAGGACGUGGAGGAAGAGGACGUGGUGUAAGUGGACGUGGUGUAAGUGGACGUGAUGGAAGAGAAAAAAAAUUUGGAGGGUCUUGUAACUUUUGCCAAUUAAAAGGCCACAAGGCGGCAAAUUGUUCUGCUAAAG